AAGGACAAGGGAAAGGGAACGGGAGUCGCGACUGGACGAGAACGAGAACUUCUUCGACUUUAACAAGCUGCUCAGCACCACAGUCAAGCCGCAGAAAACGCACGAGUCUUUGAAGAUGCCCACCCAUCAGUCGAUGACCAUGCCCACCCAUCAGUCCAUGAAGAUGCCCAUCCAGCAGGUGGGUGCCUGGGGCAUAGCUACAACCACGCAGAGACCUCGGAUGGAGCCGCAUUGGGGCUGGGACAGUCGCGAGCCCAGGAUUGUGAAUCGCCCCUUGACCACGCCACGUUCGCGGAAUCCCAAUCCCAAUCCCAAACCCAAUAAUCCAAAUAACCCGAGUAAUAACAAUCUCAUCCACCUGGUCAACGAUCGACUGCGGCAGCAGGGAAUGCAGAUCGAGCCAGCCAGGGAAGUGCCGAUGGAACGAGAGCCCCAGAAACCCACGCCCACUCCCGUAAUGGAUCCCUUCGAACCCUAUCGGUUUCGGGGACAGGACAGGGACGGGGACGGGGACAGGGACAACCAACCCGAACCUUGGAGGGAGCCCAGCAAUGACCUGGACGAGUUGCGUACGACGACGACGACGACGACGCCCAGCCCCAGUCCUUCGCGCGUCAAUGUCCCGGACCAGGAGCGACCAGCGGCGGCAGCCUGUGCGAGGAUCCGGUCCGGCGACAGGCCCUUAACGCCUCACAUCCUGGGCGGCAUACCGGUGGCUCUGGGCGUCUAUCCCCACAUGGCGGCCAUCGCAUACAACACCUUCGAUACAGUGGACUUCCGCUGUGGCGGAUCGCUCAUCGCCAGUCGCUUCGUCCUCACAGCUGCCCACUGCGUGAAUAGUGAUAGCACAACGCCGGCCUUCGUCCGCUUGGGUACGGUGGCCAUCGAGAAUCCCACGGCGGGCUUCCAGGACAUCAAUGUGAUUGACGUCCAGAUUCACCCGAACUAUACGAGCAGUAGUAAAUACAAUGAUAUCGCCAUUUUGGAACUGGCGGAGGAUGCCAAGGAGUCGGACACCAUUCGUCCUGCCUGUCUGUACAUUGAUCGCGCAGGUCCUCCCAUUGACUCCAAAGUUUUCGUCGCCGGUUGGGGCGUUAUGAAUGUGACCAAUCGCGCCAGGUCAAAGAUCCUGCUGCGUGCUGGCCUGGAUCUGGUGCCCGUGGACGAGUGCAACGCCUCCUUCGCCGAACAGCCCAGCACCAUUCGGGCCUUGAAGCAGGGCGUCAUCGAUUCGCUGCUGUGCGCGGCGGACAAGAAGCAGGUGAAGGACGCCUGCCAGGGCGAUUCCGGUGGUCCGCUCAUCCUCGAAACGGACGAGGUGGACGGCCUCUACUCGGUCCUGGGCGUAAUCAACUCGGGUUUCGGCUGCGCCACCAAAACACCGGGCCUCUAUACGCGAGUCAGCUCCUUCCUCGACUAUAUCGAGGGUAUUGUGUGGCCCGCUAACCGGGUGUGAUUAGACUUUUGAUCUGCAAUAAAUUUAGUUUGAACGGA